AUGGCCCGUACCAAGCAAACCGCCCGCAAGUCCACUGGUGGCAAGGCCCCUCGCAAGCAGCUCGCCUCCAAGGCCGCCCGCAAGAGCGCUCCUUCUACCGGCGGUGUCAAGAAGCCCCACCGCUACAAGCCCGGUACCGUCGCUCUCCGUGAGAUCCGUCGCUACCAGAAGUCGACCGAGCUGCUCAUCCGCAAGCUUCCCUUCCAGCGUCUGGUUCGUGAGAUCGCCCAGGACUUUAAGUCCGAUCUCCGCUUCCAGUCGUCUGCCAUCGGCGCCCUUCAGGAGUCCGUUGAGUCUUACCUCGUCUCGCUGUUUGAGGACACCAACCUGUGCGCCAUCCACGCCAAGCGUGUCACCAUCCAAUCCAAGGACAUCCAGCUUGCCCGCCGCCUCCGUGGUGAGCGCAACUAA